GACAUAUCAGCGCAACUAUACCAUGCCUGGACGAAAGGAAGACGUGGAGCCGCAUCGCGCGGAGAUCGAGGAUUUGACGCACAAUGGCCACAACUGCGAGCAGAUCGCUGCCGCGCUGAGGGCGAAAGGACUUGAGAUAUCCGCAAAGACCAUCAGCCGCUAUCGUGUGUCUUGGGGCAUUCGAAAGCGUGCUGAGCCAAAAACAAAAGGGCGGACAUUUCCCAAUCGCAAGAGAUUCUCGACAGGACCGACCAAGCACGAGCAACAGGAAGCUCGCAAAGCUGAGAUUCUAUCGAGGCACGAACGCGGAGAGACAGCUGAACAGAUUGCUGCUGCAUUACAAGCGCAAGGUGCAGAGCUGCGCAGUGGGCCAUCCACAAUUACACGACUGCUAACAACAUGGGGCCUCAUACCUUACGAUAAAGCGAGAGCGCGCGGAAAGCACUCUGUGGCGCAAGUUGCCAAACGUGCUGAACGCGUGACUACCCCUAAACCUCGAAAGCCGCGCGCACCGAAGCAGAUCGCGGUACCAUCAAAUCCCGCAGAGGUUGUUCAUUAUCCAUCCGAGUGUGCUUUUGGGCCGAAGAAACGAGCGGCCGGUACUACUACAUCUAUUCCAGACAGCAACUUCAACAUCGACCCCACAUUCGACACGGGCCCACUCCCUGAUGCAAACGAUGAUGAUGGGGAAGAUUUCCCGCAGACAGCGCAGCAAGACCCACCCUCGAUGAAUGUCGCUGCAGAACUCAUGUCGGCUGAAAUGCUUGUGGACUUGGCGACUUCCACCCUGGCGGCCGCCAAUCGAGUGAAAGACCUCUACGUUGCGCGACAGGCGGGGCAUCCUCUUCCUGGCACAUCAAUUGUCCCGACAGACGAUGACAUCGCCAUGGCGAAACAGAAGGUCAGAGAAGCUGCUGCUGUCAUGCACGACCUCGCAGUACCAAAUAUCACGUAGCGAGGGGCGGAAACGACUCGCGACUGAGGACUGGUCGAUAUAGCCAAGAGCCUGUGCCAUGGCGGCCUGAUGAAAGCACUCUUGGAUAAGGGGAGUUCUAUUCAUGAGUGAAGUACAAAAAGUACAAAAAAAUACGGAGAAGAGACCACGCCAAUUUCUCAUCGCCUCGCACUUCCGGACAUUCAUAUCGUCGAUCGCUGAACACUUCUCCGGAAGCUGCAUGCAAACGCCACUUUGCGCCAUUGGAGUAAGUAGCAACUGUUCGCUAAUGGGGCACUCCACCGCCCGGUCUGC